AUGUCUGUUUCUGUACAAGAGCUGGACAACACGGUCCGCGCCUUUUUUGAAGGCAAGGGCGACGUGCAAAAGCAAGCUCAGCAGACCCUGACCGAAUUCAAGCAAAAUCCCGAUGCCUGGGUGACGGUGGGCAACAUCCUCCAGGAGGCCACAUACCCGCAGACCAAAUAUAUUGCCCUCCAAGUUCUCGACGAUGUGAUUAUGACCCGAUGGAAGGUUCUGCCGAGAGAUCAGUGUCAAGGUAUUCGAAAUUUUAUCGUCAACUUCAUCAUCGAGAAUUCGGGCUCCGAAGAGAAGCUCCGCACCGAGCGCGCCUUCUUGAACAAGCUGAACUUGGUCUUGGUCUCGAUCCUGAAGCAGGAGUGGCCGCACCACUGGCCCACAUUCAUCAACGAGAUCAUCUCCUCCUGCCAUGCCAGCCUUUCCAUCUGUGAAAACAACAUGGCCAUCCUCCGUCUACUGUCGGAGGAGGUCUUCGACUUCUCCCAGGAUCAGAUGACCUCGGUCAAGGCCCGAAAUCUCAAGACCUCCAUGACCCAGGAAUUCGCCUCCAUCUUUCAAUUGUGCUCCGAAGUCCUCAACACUGCCAACCAACCUAGUCUGGUCAAAGCGACCCUCGAGACCCUGCUCCGCUUCUUAAACUGGAUCCCGUUGGGCUACAUUUUCGAAACCCCCAUUAUCAACACCCUCCUGACUCGAUUCUUGGACGUUCCCGACUUCCGAAACGUCACCCUGAAGUGCCUCACGGAAAUUGGUGGUUUGCAGAUUGGCACCCCGUAUAACUAUGAUGAGAGAUUGGUGCACAUGUUCACAGAGACGCUCACAACGGUCUCGAAUGUCAUCCCCUUGUCCCUGGACUUGAAGGAAACGUACGCCCGGAGCAAUGGACGAGACCAGGAAUUCGUGUCCAACCUGGCUCUUUUCCUCUCCAGUUUCUUCAGCGCCCACUUGGAUCUGAUUGAGAAGUUGCCGAACCAAGACUUCCUCACGCAUGCCCAUUUCUACCUGAUUCGGAUCAGUCAGAUUGAUGACCGCGAAGUGUUCAAGAUUUGUUUGGACUACUGGACUCGCCUGGUGCAGGAGCUUUACGAAGAAAUGCAACAACUCCCCAUCACCGACAUAAACCCUCUCGUGACCAUGGGUGUCAGUGGUCUGUCCAACGGGGGUGCACCCCACCCCAGCACACUGGCCAACUACCCUCUCCGCAAGCACAAGUACGAAACCGUGCUGUCGAACCUGCGUACUGUGAUGAUUGAGAAGAUGGUCCGCCCGGAGGAGGUCUUGAUCGUGGAGAAUGACGAAGGUGAGAUUGUGCGUGAAUUCGUCAAGGAGAGUGAUACCAUCCAGUUAUACAAGACAAUCCGUGAGUGCUUGGUUUAUCUGACCCACCUGGAUGUCGUCGACACCGAGACCAUCAUGAUCGACAAGCUCGCGAAGCAAGUGGAUGGUUCGGAGUGGUCUUGGGCCAAUUGCAAUACCCUGUGCUGGGCCAUUGGCUCCAUUUCGGGUGCCAUGAAUGAGGAAACCGAAAAGCGGUUCCUGGUCACCGUGAUCAAGGAUCUUCUCGGCCUGACGGAGCAGAAGCGUGGAAAAGACAACAAGGCUGUGGUGGCUAGUAAUAUCAUGUAUAUUGUGGGCCAGUAUCCACGCUUCUUGAAGGCUCACUGGAAAUUCCUGAAGACAGUGGUCAACAAGCUUUUCGAAUUCAUGCACGAGACACAUGAAGGUGUCCAGGAUAUGGCUUGCGAUACCUUCAUCAAGAUUGCCAACAAGUGCCGACGGCAUUUUGUGGCCCUUCAACCGGGCGAGAAUGAACCGUUUAUCGAGGAAAUCGUUCGCAACAUGAGAAAGAUCACCAUGGACCUGUCGCCCCAGCAGAUCCACACGUUCUACGAAGCAUGCGGCUACAUGAUUUCUGCCCAGGGUCAAAAGGGACUCCAGGAUCGAUUGAUUGAGAACCUGAUGCAGCUGCCUAAUUCGGCUUGGGAUCAGAUCAUCGCGGAAGCCAACCAAAAUGCUGCCAUUCUACAAGACGGCAACACGAUCAAGAUCAUUGGCAACAUCAUGAAGACCAACGUCGCCGCCUGCUCUUCCAUUGGAACCUACUUCUACUCUCAGAUUGGCCGCAUCUACCACGACAUGCUAAACAUGUACCGUGCUUCUAGUCAGCUCAUCAACGAUGCCGUGGCUAAUGAUGGGACCAUUGCUCCCAAGACCCCCAAAGUUCGUGGGCUUCGCACCAUCAAAAAGGAGAUCCUGAAAUUGAUCGACACCUACGUGGAGAAGUCGGACGAUCUCGAAAUGGUGAAUGCGAAUAUGGUUCCACCUCUUCUCGAGGCCGUUCUGAUUGACUACCACCGAAACGUGCCCGAUGCACGAGAAGCGGAGGUCCUGAAUGUCAUGACCACCAUUAUCCACAAGCUCCACAACCUGAUGGAGGACAAAAUUCCGGCCAUCAUGGACAGCGUCUUCAGUUGUACUUUGGAGAUGAUCAACAAGGAUUUCCACGAAUACCCCGAGCACCGAGUGCAGUUUUUCAAGCUCCUCCAGGCCAUCAACCUGUACUGUUUCCAGGCCCUCCUCAAGUUGGACGGCACACAGUUCAAGUUUGUGAUCGAUUCCUGCAUGUGGGCCUCGAAGCACGAUAAUCGCGAGGUGGAGAAUACGGGCCUCACCAUGUGCUUAGAGUUGAUGAACAACAUGGCCGAGACUGAUAUGCAGACUUCGAGUAUCUUUUUCCGCCAAUUCUACAUUCCCAUCCUCCAGGAUGUCUUCUUUGUCCUCACAGACAGUGAUCACAAGGCUGGUUUCAAAUCUCAGGCAAUGCUCUUGUCCCGCAUGUUCUACUUCGUUGAAGCCGGCAAAAUUCAGGAGCCUAUCUAUGCUCCCGAUCAAGCCCCGGUGGGAACUACCAACAAACAGUUCUUGCAGGAAUACGUCGCGAACCUGCUGCAGAAUGCGUUCAAGAAUUUGCAAGAGGCGCAAAUCAAGCAGUUUGUCCUUGGUCUGUUCGCGUACACUGACGACUUAAACAAGUUCAAGACUCAUCUGCGAGAUUUCUUGAUCUCGCUUAAGGAGUUCUCUGACGACAAUGCUGAGCUCUAUGCCGAGGAGAGAGAGCAGGCCGUGCGCGAUGCGCAGGUCGCCGAGCGAUCCCGGGCUAUGAAAGUGGGAGGCUUGCUGAAGCCAUCCGAAAUGGAUCAGGAGGAUGAGCUAUGA